AUGGGAAAAGGAACGGAUAAGCUCUACAUCACACACUCUGAAUGGGCGUCAGAGGAUGCCUUCUCGGCCAGCGCGGGCGCUGGAGUUGGCAAGGCUAGACGUGGUGGUCCUCAUGCAGCAUUCAAGCGCCUCCCGUUCAAUUUCUGUUCCCUGUCACUCCAGCCCUUUGCCCACCCAGUCUGCACGCAUACAGGAAUCAUCUUUGACCUGACCAACAUUAUUCCGUGGAUCAAAAAACAUGGGACCAAUCCAGUGGAUGCGUCGCCUUUGAAGAGCUCUGAUCUAAUCAAGCUUACGAUUGCGAAGAACGAAGAAGGCGAGUAUGUCGAUCCGGUGACAUACAAGGUCUUGACGGACAAUACCCACAUCGUUGCGCUGCGGAAUACAGGAAACGUGUUCUCUUGGGAUACUGUAGAACGCCUCAAUAUUAAGGGGAAGCUAUGGCGCGACCUCGUUACCGACGAAGAGUUCAGUCGCAAGGAUAUCAUUACUUUACAGGACCCACAAAACAUCGAGUCUCGCGACCUCAGUUCGUUCACGUAUCUGAAGGAAGGUCAAACAGAGUUUCUGGAGGAGCAACAGGCGUCGGCCAGUGUCAACACCAGUGCUCUGGGAAGCUCGGCAAAGAUUCUGAAAGCCAAGGAAGCUGUCGCAAAAGCGCGCGCGGACCGAGCACAACAGCAGGCCAACUCUGCUGCUUCCAAAGCGAUUUCCAAGACUGGCACUGUGGCUUCAGCCGCCAAGCCCGGUGUCUCUCAAACUGGAAAGGCUACGCCCUACAAUGCCGCGCGAUUUACCACCGGAAAAGCUGCAGCCUCUUUUACCAGCACUGGACUGACACCUCACACAUCAGCGGAGCUGGCACUUCUAUCUGAGGAGGAGUACAUGCUGAAACGGGGAAGGGUAAAGGCCAAGGGUUAUGCCCGUAUUGUGACUACUGCGGGUCAUCUGAAUUUGGAGCUAUACCCCGAACACGCCCCGAAGGCUGUGUGGAACUUCAUCCAGCUCGCCAAGAAAGGUUAUUAUAAGGAUGUCACUUUCCAUCGCAAUAUUAAGGGUUUUAUGCUGCAAGGAGGUGACCCUACUGGCACAGGCCGAGGUGGCGAGAGCGUCUGGGGCAAAUACUUCUCUGACGAGUUUGAUGGGCCCUUGAAGCACGACGGGCGAGGCACGCUGAGCAUGGCCAACAAGGGGAAGAACACCAACAGCAGUCAAUUCUUUUUCGCAUAUCGAGCUCUACCUCACCUCGAUCGCAAACAUACUGUCUUUGGCCGGCUCAUUGAUGAUCCCACACCAUCGUCUACUACGCUUAACGCUCUCGAAAUCCACCCAGUGGAAGCAAACACCAACCGCCCCACGCCCGAAAUCCGGAUCAAGGAAGUCACUGUUUUUGUGGAUCCAUUCGAGGAUUUCCUGAAUCAAAAGCGUGCCGAUGAAGCCAAAGGUGGCUCCGGUGCUGCCCAAGAAGAGGACGAGGGUACUCGUCGCGUUGAGGAUGAACAUACGACUUGGACAGGAAAGCGCGUGCGUGGCCCUGGCGCACAAUCAAACGAAGACGCUCCUAUCGGGGUAGGGAAGUACCUCCAGGCUGCCCUGGCCGACCGUGGAGAAGAGGACGAGAUUGUGGAAUAUGUCGACGAAGAGCCUGUCCCGGAACCUGCGCGGAAGAAGAUGAAAGGUACGGGUGGAUUUGGCGAUUUUAGUUCGUGGUGA